AUGUCGCUUUACUCGAGGUAUCGCCACACUUCGGUGCACGAACAGGUACGCACCCCAAUCCCCUACUGCUAUUUGAUCGUCGGCGUGCUCUUCAUUGGUGGAAUUAUCAUAUUCAUCGUACCCCUCCUAUUCGUCGCGCUAGCCUGCGCCUCAACGAUUGAUUAUAUAGGGGAUUUUGUGAAGAGACAUGCCUCCGGAGUCAUGUUCGUCCCCAAGCAACAAUUGAUCAGCGAUAAAUAUGAAACAUGCGUCAGCGAGCAACCGCUUAGAUGGUUGGCCCUGGGAAGCUACUAUGUCCUGGUAUUGCUUGCCUUCUGCAUAGCCGUCGCAAUAAACAGCUUCCACCUGGCGACGAAUCGAGGCUUGACAAAGGUGAAGAUGCCGCUCCCUGCGCAAGCCGAAAAGUUUCUGUCCGAUGUUGAUAAGCACCUGCACCAGCCGGGCCCGGUCACCAACCUGCUAGCAAAGGCUGAGGAGAAGACUGGACUACGCCGCUUACAUAUCGUGCUCGGCCUCCUUGGCCUACAGGCCCUCUACCUGGUCUUCGGCCAUUUCGCUGCUCUCCUCUGCAACUUCAUGGGCUUCAUCUACCCCGCCUACAUGUCGAUUCGGGCCAUCGAAUCGCAGUCGAAGGAGGAUGACACGCAAUGGCUAACCUAUUGGGUGGUCUUUGCCAUCUUCACGGUCGCCGAAUUCUUUUCGCACCAGAUCCUGGCUGUCUUCCCGAUCUACUGGCUGUUCAAGAGCUGCUUCCUUCUCUACCUCUACCUGCCCGAGACUCUCGGAGCCAAGAAGCUCUACCACAGGUUCAUCAAGCCGCUGGUCUACAAGCACGUCCCUUCCAUCGACGCUCGCGCCCAGGAGUUUGCCGGAAAGGCCAAGGAGCUUGGACGUGAUGUUCUCGACAGUGCCCGUGAGCACCUUCAC